CAUAGAGAUGUAGAAUAUAUAUGGAAAUAGCUCUCUUCUUUCUCCGAAACGACGGAGGUUGAUCUUAAGAAAACUCGACUCUUACGCUCGUCCGGACAUCAAUUCCUCGCUCAACUCAGAAGUAGGGGGCAGUGUUAUUGUUGCUCAGAGAGAGAGAGAGAGAGAGAGGGACUCGUGUGCCUUUUCUGGGAAUUCAAUCUGAGUUGCAGAGAACUGGCAUUUUCCUCACCGCCUUCGGAGAAAGAUGAAUGUCAACGUGGACUUGGUGGCUCGGACAGUCCAGGUCGACAACCGGAUUCCUCUCCGUAAUUACUAUCGGAUCGCCAAUAAUCUUCUCAAACAGGCUUGUAUCUAUCGGGAGGAGAAGAAUGUUGUAGAUUUGUAUAUCAUGCUUCUUAGAUAUUUGAGUUUGGUUUCUGAAACUAUACCAUUUCAUCGAGAUUACCAGGUUCUGCUUCCAAAAGAAAGAACACAACAUAAGAAGAGAUUGUCAUCAGUGCUAGAUGAGGCUGAAUCUUUGAAGCCAGAGUACUUGUGUCGAGUGGAUGAACUGAAAAAGGCCCAUUCUGGAUCCAGAUUGCCUCAACUUGAUGGUCCAGAAUCAACUUCAUUUGGCUCAGAGACAUCUAUGGCGUGGCCUGCUGUCAAUAGAAAUUCUUACUUGAGCGUUGACAUGAAGCAGUAUGCUAGUGUGGCACCUCAGUCUUCAUGGAAAUAUAACAAUCAUCGUUCUCCAGGUUUAUCAUCAAAUUCCAUGCAAAUUGUGCAGCAGUUCCAAAAUCUAUCAUUUAGUUUACCCCCUCCGAAGAAGGAAACUUUAUCUAGGCACUCAUUCUUCGGUCCAAAUGGUCUUCGGGGACAGUGGCUAGGACCUAGCGCAGAAACAAAGGUUCAAUAUCCAAACAACAUGGACUUAAACCCUACAGAAACUUCAGGUUUCAUCCGUGGAAAUAGUCUGAAUCAGGCUGGCCAAUGUGAUCUUGUGGCAGCAAAAGAUGGUGGUCCUACUGGCAACAGAUAUACAAUGGAGUCAGUGCUCUCCUUGGAUGAUGGUAGAUGGUUAUGUCCUACUGAGUCAUGCUCUCUGUUGAUCAAUGAAGCAAGGGAAGAUCCUUUCCAGUUGUUCAAGCAACCUUCCAUUCCUCCUGUCCUUGUUCAACUGCAGCAGGACGUCACUCCAAUUCCUCCCUCAAAAGUUGCUGAUCCAAGACCUGGACCAGCUAAAUCUUCACAGGAUGGGAUGCCGAAUUCUGAGUCAUAUCAACAUCUACACAUUCCUGUAAAAAUGAUGGAAGAUUUCUUGAGGUUAGCUCGGGCAAACACACAAAAGAAUUUGGAGACAUGUGGUGUUCUUGCGGGUUCACUGAAAAACAAGGUUUUUCAUAUCACUUCGCUUAUAAUCCCAAAGCAAGAGUCAACUUCCGAUUCGCCCUUGGCAACCCAACAAGCCUUCCAUAUUUCAGCGAAGUCAUCACGCGUGAACUUAACAGUGCAUACCGGAAACAGUUGUAGCGGUUCUUGCUAGCUGGACAGGUCUGAGAGGCAACAACCAGAUUAAGGCAAUUUGGAAGAUGAUCCCGAUAUGCAUUAUGUGGUGUGUGUGGCAAGAGCGCAAUGAACGGACAUUCGAGGAUAAAGAGAGAUCAAUGGAGGAGCUGAAAGUCUUCUUUUUUAGAACUCUCUGUACUUGGGCUAUUGUUGUUAGUUUUAAUGGCCAAAAUUUACAUGAGUUUCUUAUUUCUUUUGAUCCUACGUAGUGUAGGAUAUUCUUUGUACUGAACGUGGCAUUUUGCCUAUUCUUUUUUAAUAUACCUCUUACUUUUCUCAAAAAGAAAACAGUGCAUACCCAUUUACAUCCAUCAGUCUGUUUACAGGUCAUAAAGCAACAAGUUCCCAAAUCUCAUUUUGAUGCAAGGCCUUAAUUUCCAUUUCCAUAGCUGUAUCAAACCCAAUUAGAUGAAGCAAUUAUCUCUAAUGGCAACAUGUAUACACCUUAAGUGGAGCAAUCAGAUGUUGUGGUGAGAACUCUUUGCGAGGGGAGAGAUUGGACUAAGCAAAUAUGGAAUUGGCAAGGAGACAUGAACAUAUUGUGGUGGGCGUCGACUUUUGUGUUAGAUUUUGGUAUGACAAAUUUUGGGGUGAACGAAGCCUUCAAGACACCUUCCCUGCCAUUUUUGAGCUUGAACGAGAAAAUGAUACAACGAUAGCCGAUCUCUUAGUCUUUUCUAGUGGCCCCCCUCAAUGGAAUGUAGAUUUCAUUAGGGCAGCCCAAGAUUGAAAGUUGGAGACUGUCAGAGAAUUCUACGAGGCAUUGUAUUCCAUAAGUAUGAUAGAGGGUACCAUAGAUAAGAUGAGCUGGAGCUCCUCCAAGAAUGUUAAAUUCACUGCCAGAUCGUUUUACCAAGUUCUAACGAGCCCUAAAAUGACCAUGUUCUCAUGGAAGAGUAUAUGGCAGACGAAAGCUCCUUCAAAAGCAGCUUUUUUCAUAUGGACAACAUCUUUGGACAAGAUCCUCACCAUAGAUAAUUCAAGGAAACGCCGGGUAAUGAUGUUGGAUUGGUGUUGUAUGUGUAAGAAGAUGGUGAAUCAGUAUAUAGAACAUUUGUUUUUACACUGUGAGGUGGCCAAGACCAUCUGGGAUGAUUUUUUCGUGAGAAUUGGAUUGUCACGGGUCAUGCCUCUUAGCCUGGUGGAUUUACUUGCAUGCUAGAGAGGCCCGUGAGGCAACUCACAAGUGCCAGCAUUUUGGAGAAUGUUUCCUAUAUGUAUGUGUUGGUGUAUUUAGCGGGAGAGAAAUGAUAGAAACUUCGAAGACCACGAGAGAAUAAUGGAUGAGCUUAAAAUUUUCCUUUUUAAAACUUUUUUCUUAUGGGCGAGGCAGGGGCCAUUGUUUGUAAUGGGCUAAAUAUCCAUGAUUUUCUCCUUUUGAUUGUAAACUCUAAUUAGGUUAUUUUCAUGUAUACUCCCUAUGUACUUGGGCUUUGCCUACUUCCAUGAAUAAAACUUCUUGAUCACCUAUAAAAAAAAAA